AUGGAUGACAACGACGUGGAUAGUAACCAAAAACAAAUUAACAAAGAAAAUGAUAGUAAUGGGAAAGUAGAAAAUGAUAACGAAAUUGUAGAAAAUGAUAGAAUGAACGAACAAAUAGACGAACGAUUUCUAUUUAAUGAUAGUUUGUGGAAACAUGCCAAAAAAGAAGAAUCAAAAAAAGGUAUUAUUUAUUUAUCACAUAUACCUAUAGGAUUAUAUCCCUCAAAAAUAAGAGAAUUUUUUAGUAAAUAUGGAGAAAUUGAUAAAAUUCAUUUAAAUAAAAUAAAAAAUGAUGAAAAUAAUAUAUUAUCAAAAGAAACAAAUCAUAAAAAAGUAAAAUAUAAAGAUGGAUAUGUAGAAUUUGUUAAUAAAAAGGAUGCUAUAAAUGUAGAAAAAUUAUUAAAUAAUCAAAUAAUUAGUGGAAAAAAACGAAAAAAUAUUUUAAGAGAUAGUUUUUGGCAUCUCAAAUAUCUAAAAAACUUUACAUGGAAUGAUUUAGUUUCUUCUGUUUUGUAUCGAAAUAUUUCAAGACAAGAAAAAUUCAAGCAUGCCUUAAAAGACAUGUACAAAAAUUAUGAAGAGUAUCUAGAAAAAAACAUGGACAAAAAAAUAAAUGAUAAAAUAAAUGAUAAAAUAAAUGGUAAAAUAAGUGGUAAAAUAGAAGCAACCACAAAAAAUAAACAUAUUUCAAAAAAAAAAAAAAAACUAACCACAAAUAAAUCACCCAAACUAAAUUUUAUCACUUUAAAAAAAAACGAUAUAAAAAAAAAUGAUAUAAAAAAACAGCCACAAAUAAAUACUAAUUCUAAUAAUAACGGGGAAAUAAAAAACAAAAAAGAAAAAGACAAUAUAGUUUCCUCCAACCUUUUGGGAAUGUUUAUGUAA